CAGGCAGCGACGACCAGCUCUUCUAGUGCCGCGACUGCGGGAGCUUUCGCAUCUUCCCGUCCUGAAGAUGACUCGGGACUGUCGAGCGGGCAAGCUGUAGGCAUCGCCAUCGGUACUGUUUCUGCAGUGACGCUCAUUGUAGCUCUAAUAUAUGUUAUAUCUUGCAUGCGUCGACGCAAAAGACAAAAGAAUAGCACACAGAGACAUAGCUGGGAUUUUGCUGACGAGGAGCCGGCAAACCAUUCGCAGUUUGUGCAUGGCAAUGUGGACACAAGCAACACAUCAUACGAGUGGAAUGGAUACAACGCCGGACCCGUUUCGGAAAAGCAUCAUACGUUCUGGCCGUCACCCUAUGCAGGUCAUGGUACGAUAGCAGAGCGGGAGUACGGCCACAAACAGAGCAAAAUGUCCCGCACGACCAAUGCAUUACCGGACAGUCCAGGUAGCAACACAAGCAUGCGAACACUGUCGCAAUUAUUGCCCGAGCGACCAGGUCGUCAACCUCCGCCGCCACCAUCGAAAUCGCCAGCGUACGCCCCAGCGAUAUACACUCCUGCCACGGUCUUCGAGGAAGAACACACACCAAAGCUGCCUGAUGUCUCGUUCCCAGGUUUACCAGCUCAUCCAGCGGUAAUGAAGAACAAGCCCGUCAGAGCAACACAAGUAGGCAUGUCACAGCCAGCUCUGUCGAUCCAGAUUCCCCAGCAGCCUGUUCGAACGCCUGACACGCACAAUUCAGUCAAUUGGCCUCUCCCGCCACCCCCAGCACUGCAACCACAUGGCGAACUUCAACGCCUGGGAACCAACUCAGGUGCCUUCUCAAGCAAGACAAGCUUGCUGGACUAUUACGCGAGCGCAGAUAGCGGCGCAUCGCCUCAGGACCUCAAUUCUUCCACGCCAAUCGAGGAGGCUAUCCAAGUGCGGCGACCCGCUCCCGCUGCUAUAGUCAUUACCCAGCCCUCGUAUCAGCCACAAGCUGUGAGGGACUCGAUCGCAUCAGAUAUAUCGCGUCGGACUUCAUUUGAGAGCACCAAUCCGGAUGAUACGACACCGCCUGAAGACGAAGACAAACGAUUGAGUCCUGUUGUGGAGUCGCCCAUCUCGAAUGUCCGGUAUCCCAGAAUUCCUAGACCUAGCAAUCAGGCUAUUCCUCGAUCGCCGGUGUAUUCUGGCGCGCCUGUUCGACACCCGCAAAGGACAGACAGUAGAGCAGACAUGCUGACAGAAGUGAAGAGGACCACGGGACACGCUCCGACAUUGAGUGGCUCGACUUUAGCCGCGAAGCGGAGAGGCGAUACAGCCGCCCACAAUCUGGAACAAGGCCUUCACAUUAGCAACUCGUCCUACGAUACGACCUCACGGAAGAAUGCGACGCAGGCUCCGAAUGAAAAUCGCGCUCAUCGCGGACAGCAAAAUCCAUUGAAGGGUUAUGGCCGACCGACAAACCCGCCAAGCGCUGGAAGGGCUCAAUCCGCAACAGUCAACGUGAAGAGCCCGGCGGAAUCGUUGGGAAGCCCAUUGUGGGAGCCUAAGAUGACGCCUAGUCGGAAAGGCGACGAUCUGUUCUUGAGCGUGUCUGUUGCGACUCCGCAAGCGAGUCAUUUCCACGAAUUAUAUGACCGACGAUGAAUGGAAGCAUAGUGGCAUUUCAUUUGCAGCGUUCAAGCGGAAAGACCGCAAUGGUCCUGUAUUAGUAGACGAUAGAGAUUCCAGUUCCAGAUGUACAUAUAGCAUAAUUGCAGAAUCUGACGAUGA